AUGAGUGGCAAACGGACACCAGAAGACUACGUAUUUCUGGAAACACUGGGUCAGGGCUCUUAUUCGACGGUUUUCCGAGCUUUGGAGCGCAACAACAGUACCAAAAACUAUGCUGUGAAAGUGUGCUCCAAAAGACACAUCAUUCAGGAAAAAAAGGUGAAGUAUGUCACUAUUGAAAAGGAUUUGCUAAACAAGCUGGGAUCUGGUGGUCAUCCUGGAAUUGUGCGACUGUUUUGCACAUUUCACGAUGCAGAAAACCUCUACUUCGUGCUAGAAUAUGUCAGUGGAGGAGAAUUACUAGGUCUGGUACGCAAGCAUGGACCAUUGCCCGAAAUUUGGUAUAAGCAUCUGUUUGCGCAGCUUGUGGACACAGUCGACUAUAUGCAUUCUCAUGGGGUCAUCCAUCGAGACCUGAAGCCGGAAAAUGUGCUGCUAUCGCACGAAGGUAGAGUUGUAAUAACAGAUUUUGGAGCAGCUUGCUCCAUAACUACCGCAGGACGGGACCGCUCAGCUUCCUUUGUGGGGACUGCAGAAUAUGUUGCUCCAGAACUACUGCUCUACAGCCAAUGUGGUUUAUCAUCCGAUAUUUGGGCUCUUGGCUGCAUACUAUAUCAAUUGACACAGGGCGUUCCGCCAUUCAGAGGCGAAAAUGAGCUGCAAACCUUUGAGCAAAUUGUUCAUUUGGACUAUAAAUGGCGUGUGCCAACCAUACAACAGGUCAUAACAUUGGUGCGGAAUAUUUUAGUACUCGAUCCGCUUCUGAGACCCACUACUAAACAGUUAAAGCAGGAUCCAUGGCUGUCGACAGUCAAUUGGGGAAAUAAGUCGACUCUCUGGAAGGGUAUUUGGGAGUUAUCCGACAAAUCAAAAAAUGGACACACUAAUAUUCAAGAACGUCCCGUCACUACAGUCAGUGCCAUCAGACCAGUCAAGAAAAAACCAGCACAAACAAGAAGCACAGGUGCGAUUGUGGAAUGGCGACAAAAGCUGGGACUCAAUUCAGUACCGUCUCCACCAUCCUCAACAGGAAAUGCGAGUUUCAGUUCAAACGUCCAACCGAUGCAACCAGAAAUUGUUCGGCAAAAACCACAGCAAGGCCGUCCUCAAGGUCCUUCCCCAACACCACCUUCUAGCACUACCACUCGAAGCAAUUCUAACCCACGCAUUCUUAAAAGAGACCUAAUCCGCGCUCUAGAGAUACCAUACAAUUCAUCACAAGGCACUUUAUCUUUCGAUAGCUAUUCCACCGUCGACGAUUCUGCCAUUACAGAUUUCGCGACCCAAAGCAAAAGCGACAUCUUGGAACGAUCAUCUAUUUGUUUUAUGACACUGGACGCCAAGGGUAAUCUCUCAUGUCAAGAUCAGCAUCGCAAGGUAAAGCAUAUGAUCUCUAUUUCCGAUCCAGCGCUUUCCAUGUAUGAUUUCGAGUUUGAUGAAGAUACAAGAACGGGCUUUUUGAUUUUAGAGAAAUACAAAACAAAGCUUUGGUUUCUAUCCGCUGCCCCACCCAACAGCAGCUGGCACAAUGAUGUUCGAGCAUUAAAUAGCCACAAGUCUUGGGUAGAUAGUUUUUUCAUGGCGAGAAAUCUGGCAUCUACAACUGAGAACAGACGACCCAAGUCUGCUCCUAGCGCAAGCUCUCAAAGUAUACCGCGUAAUACUCCGCAAGUUGCUGCACCAAAAGUGAAACCUAGACCCAAGACUAAUGCAAACAGCAUGUCGAAUAUGAUGGUAAGCUCGAGUCGCUACGAGGUUCUGCACGCUUUAUCCAGCUCAGGAAGGAAAGGAACCGAUGCUAGCAGUGGUGCUAGUGCAGCCUUUCGAAGUCUAAAGAAGAAGUAG